CGUAACUUUUUGAAUUUACGUGACAUGAUCACAGGUUCGCAAUCUUCAAACGACAUUGACUUCCCAGACGAUUCGCUCACAAUAACAUCUUCGGCAGCAACAAAACGACAAUCCAGUGGCCGCACGUGCACACUGAUGUCAGAGAUGGAUGAAGCAGAUGACCAUCUUAAUCAAUCUAACGGCAUAUGCACGGGCAGUAACAGAUCGAUAGCGUAUGACGUUAGUCUGUCCAGCAACGUUCUUUCCACCACUCCGCUCUCGACUGCUCUGCCAGCCAGAAUGAGAGCGAGACUGAAACCGAUCGACAGUGAUGACCGAGCAGACACGGCCGCCAUGAUACACAAACUAAUAAAGAAACAACAGCGUGCAGCCAUCAGACGAGAGGCUGUACUGCAAGAGAAGAAACGGCAGGCUCAACUACCUAUAGCCCAGCUGCAUGCUUUGGCUGCUUUGACAAAACAGAGUUUAGAAGAAAAACAAGAAAAAGUACAUCUUCGUAGAGAAGAAAAGCUAAGAGAUAAAAUGAUAAAAGCGUGUAGAGCUGAAAAAAGCCCCUGGUUUUUACCAGACAGCGUCUCUGUCAAAGGCGAUGUAGUGCACAUCAAUGAUAAACAACGCCAAGCUGAAAGCAGACGGCAGGCAUUGGAAGACAUAAAGUUGAAGAAAGCACGGGAUAGUGGACGAAGCCAUUGGUACACAGCAAAUGAAAGAGAAGUGAUAAUAACAAGACAGCAGCUGUUCGAGAAACAAGCCAGAGCAGACACUCGUCGCAAACAAUAUCUACAAGAGAGGCUGCAGAAUAUGAAGCGAUGCGAAGAGGAAACAAAGAGACUUGUUGAGAGGAUAGAACCACUCGUUCUACAUGCACAUCACGAGGGAAACCAAUAAGAGAUACAUUGUACUUCUAUUUUACCAC